CAAACGCUAAUCCAUAAUGCUUAUUUAGUUACUGCGAAUAAUUGCGCUCCAUGCAUUAAUGUAACUGUUUGAUAGUUUAUCCCUAGUUUAAAAUAGCUGUGGGAUAAGCUGAUUUAUGUUACCAAAAACUUAUUGCCAGAUUGUCAACUCAUUUCAAUGUUGCCGUUUUUUUUUAAAGUAAAGUUUUAAUAUUUAAAAUUAGAACUAAAAGCCGCCGAGAAUUAUAGUAGAAGUCAAUUUUAUCUCUUGCAUCGACUAUGUUUAUUUUGACUAGAUUCCUUUCUUUACUUAUGUUUAUCAAUGUAUCCGUCGGAAAAGAUUUGGAUAAAACUCCACCAAAACGUCUCAUCAAUGGCCAGAAUGAAGAGCUCUUCGACUUCCCAUCUCUAGCCUCACUUUCGAAAAGGAGAAUUGGAGCUUGGUUUCAUUACUGUUCGGCUGUUUUAGUCUCGCCUACAAAGCUUGUUACUGCUGCCCACUGCGUCCGAAACAAAAAGAUCAUCAAUGUCCGUGUUUCACUUGGGAUGGUCAACUUGUUCGGACCACCAAACGAGUUCGAGCAAGUACUACGUGUCGACAAAUUCGACAUGCAUGACGGAUCAUAUAUCACUAACGACAUUGCCGUCAUCACCAUGGCAACUCCCGCCAAGUUGAAUAAAAACGUGAAGGUGGUGGUACUAGCAGAGAAAGAUUCUAAUUAUGUCAGGGAGAACUGUACUAUAAGUGGCUGGGGAAGAGAACUAAUGUAG